ACAGCAAGCGUAGCCGAGUUCGCUUUUCAAACAUUCACUUCCUUUCUUUCUGUUUCAGCGUCUGAAGUGAACGGACGUCAUGUCUCAUCGUAAAUUUUCUGCACCUCGUCAUGGCUCCAUGGCCUUCUACCCCAAGAAGCGCUCCUGCCGUCAUCGUGGCAAGGUUAAGGCCUUCCCCAAGGAUGAUGCCACCAAGCCAGUGCAUCUGACUUGCUUCAUUGGCUACAAGGCCGGCAUGACGCACAUUGUGCGCGAAGCCGAUCGUCCUGGAUCAAAGAUCAACAAGAAGGAAGUCGUCGAGGCUGUGACCAUUUUGGAGACGCCACCAAUGAUUGCCGUUGGCGCCGUUGGUUAUAUCGAGACGCCAUUCGGUCUGCGUGCCCUGGUAAAUGUCUGGGCCCAGCAUUUGUCUGAGGAGUGCCGUCGUCGCUUCUAUAAGAACUGGUACAAGAGCCAGAAGAAGGCUUUCACCAAGGCCAGCAAGAAGUGGACCGAUGAUUUAGGCAAGAAGAGCAUCGAGAACGAUUUUCGUAAGAUGCUCCGCUACUGCAAGGUCAUCCGCGUGAUUGCCCACUCGCAGAUCCGUCUGAUCAAUCAACGCCAGAAGAAGGCGCACAUCAUGGAGAUCCAGCUGAAUGGUGGCUCCAUUGAGGAUAAGGUCAAGUGGGUGCGUGAGCAUCUCGAGAAGCCCAUCCAGGUCCGCAAUGUGUUUGGCCAAGAUGAGAUGAUCGAUUGCGUUGGUGUUACCAAGGGUAAGGGAUUCAAGGGUGUCACCUCACGUUGGCACACCAAGAAGCUGCCCCGCAAGACGCACAAGGGUCUGCGCAAGGUUGCCUGUAUCGGUGCCUGGCAUCCGUCCCGCGUGUCCACCACCGUGGCACGUGCCGGUCAGAAGGGUUACCAUCACCGUACUGAAAUCAACAAGAAGAUCUACCGUAUCGGUGCCGGCAUCUAUACCAAGGAUGGCAAGGUCAUCAAAAACAAUGCCUCUACUGAGUACGAUUUGACCGACAAGAGCAUCACGCCCAUGGGUGGCUUCCCCCACUAUGGUGAGGUCAACAACGACUUUGUCAUGAUCAAGGGCUGCUGCAUUGGCUCCAAGAAGCGCAUCAUCACCCUGCGCAAGUCCCUGCUGCGUCACACCAAGCGCUCGGCUCUGGAACAGAUCAAGCUCAAGUUCAUCGACACCUCGUCCAAGAUGGGUCAUGGUCGUUUCCAGACCCCGGCCGACAAGCUGGCCUUCAUGGGUCCCCUCAAGAAGGACCGUCUUAAGGAGGAAGCAGCUGCCACCACCAGCGCUGCCGCCGCCGCACCUACCACCGCCUAAGCUUUGGCGCAAUCUUUGUAAAACAUCAAUACAAAAUGCACUUGUUUGGUUUAUUGCUGGCUUCUACCGUCUGCGUUGC